GUCCGAGAUCGUGGAGACUCCCUUAUCUCUCGUUCCCGUGCCCCGUCGGAAGCAAAUCUCUGCAACUCCGGGCGCCUCCCUGCCUCGUGUUUGGUUCGGGAGGUUGCGGCUGAUUAGCAAGAGAUCCGAGAGAGAUCAAGGAGGAAGGAAGGGAAGAGCCGAAAUCAAAUACAACGACUGCACGACAAGUAACUGCUACUGAGCUACUGAUUGGCAGCUUUGACAGCGAGAACAACCUCCACAACUUACCUCAAAUCUCAUUAAACGAUGGCACAAAAGGUUCAAUUCCAAGACAGACUGUCGACCGCGCUCCUGGCUGCCGGUUCGAGGCCCGAAUUCGACCACCACAACGGGCACGGACACGGACACGACCACGGGGGUGUAGCUCAUCUGCACGACGCUGCCACCGGAACGUGGACACCGGUAGAGCAUGGACAUACGCAUGAACAUCUGGAAAACCCAGGGAAAUAUUCCGAGCGCAACAUGCCCGAUUUCUCUGCUAGGGAUUUCGAAGAGCGAGCGUUUACUAUCGGGAUUGGAGGUCCUGUCGGGUCGGGAAAGACCGCUUUGCUCUUGGCCUUGUGUCGGGCUUUCCGGGACGAAUACAACAUCGCUGUGGUGACCAACGACAUCUUCACAAAGGAAGAUCAAGAGUUCUUGAUCAGGAACAACGCGCUCGAGGAUCAAGGUCGGGUCCGGGCUGUCGAGACGGGCGGUUGUCCGCACGCCGCUAUCCGGGAAGACAUCUCGGCCAACAUGCACGCGCUGGAAGAGCUGCAGGGGAUCUACGAGACCGAGUUGUUGUUCGUCGAGAGUGGCGGUGACAACCUCGCAGCAAACUAUUCGAGAGAAUUGGCUGACUACAUCAUCUACGUCAUCGACGUGAGCGGAGGUGACAAGGUACCACGUAAAGGCGGACCCGGUAUCUCGCAGUCGGACCUCCUUAUCGUCAACAAAAUCGACCUCGCGCCCUAUGUCGGAGCUUCGCUAGACGUGAUGAAGCGAGACGCCGCCAUGAUGCGAGAAGGAGGUCCCACGAUCUUUGCCUCGAUCCGUCACGAUGAUGGCGUGCAGGAGAUCAAGGAGGCCAUCCUCGGGGCUUGGAAAGUGAGUGGAGCUCAAGGUAAAGGUCGUCCGCUCGGCAACGCAAAGGGCAAAGCCAGGGCUUGAUUGGUAAUCGGGGCAUACAACACAUGACACUCGAAGCCAAGCGGUUUUCUUUUGUGCCGCAUCGCUUGCAUGCCGAAUCGAUCGCUUGCAUGCCGAAUCGAUCGC